GCGUAGCGGUGUGGUUUCUGAGGAGCGCUCAGACGCUUCACUCAAACCCGUUUCAAACAGGAUGUAGCGACUGACACAAAGCAGACCACGGAAAGACAAGGUUCAACUCUGCGAGAUGACAAACAGCAGGGAGGCAGAAAUGAGCGCCACAGCGGAGGAGAAGCAGACAGAAGGAGUACCGAUGAGGCAGCUCACCGCCAGCAGGUCUUGACGGCUGCUCCCGCUGACCUGAGACGCCCAGCGCCGCCGCAGCUCCGCGCGGUGCACACACGCUGAAAACACAACAUAGCCGAAAUACUGCACAUCGCAUCGGUGAACCUUUAAACCGAUAAUGGCGAGCCAGAGUGACUGCUGUGUGAAGGUUGCUUUGAGGAUUCGUCCUCAGAUGGCAAAGGAGAAGAUCGAGGGCUGCCAUGUGUGCACGCUGGUUACGCCUGGAGAACCACAAGUCCUCCUGGGUAAAGAUAAGGCCUUCACCUACGACUUUGUGCUCGACAUUGACUCAGAGCAGCAGCAGAUCUACCAGGCCUGUGUGUACAAGCUCAUUGAGGGCUGCUUCGAGGGCUACAAUGCCACUGUGUUCGCUUAUGGCCAGACGGGUUCGGGGAAGACCUACACCAUGGGGACGGGCUUCGAUGUGAGCCUAGGCCAGAAGGAGCAGGGCAUCAUCUCGCGGGCCGUUCACCAUCUGUUUGAGGGAAUCAAGAUCCGGAGACAGCACGCACAGGAGGCCGGCAGCCAGCCGCCAGAGUUUAAAGUCAGCGCCCAGUUCCUAGAGUUGUACAAUGAAGAGGUGCUGGACCUGUUUGACGGAGCCAGAGAUCCAGAUAGUCGGAACAGGAAGUCCACCAUUAAGAUCCAUGAAGACGCCAGUGGCAGCAUAUACACCAGCGGAGUCACUUCCAGACUGGUGCACUCAGAGGAGGAGCUGCUGCAAUGCCUGAAGCUCGGUGCUCUGUCCCGCACCACGGCCAGCACCCAGAUGAACGCCACAAGCUCUCGCUCGCACGCCAUCUUCACCAUCCACCUCUGUCAGAUGAGAGAGUGUCCGCAGGAUCAAAUGAAGAAUGGAGGAGGAGAGAACGGGGAGUUGAAUGGGGAGUUGAACGGGGAGUUGAACGGCGUGGACUCCGGCCCCAUUGCUCAGCCGGAGUUUGAGACUCUGAUGGCCAAAUUCCACUUUGUUGACCUGGCUGGCUCUGAGAGGCUGAAACGCACAGGGGCGACGGGAGAGAGAGCCCGCGAGGGAAUCUCUAUUAACUGUGGACUGCUGGCCCUGGGAAAUGUGAUCAGUGCUUUAGGAGACCAGACUAAGAAGGGGGGACACGUCCCUUACCGAGACUCCAAACUCACUCGUCUGCUACAGGACUCACUCGGCGGCAACAGUCGCACAUUGAUGAUCGCGUGCGUCAGUCCGUCAGACCGGGACUUCAUGGAGACACUGAACACACUGAAAUACGCCAACCGUGCACGAAACAUCAAGAACAAGGUGGUGGUGAACCAGGACAAGACCAGCCAGCAGAUCAGCGCCCUGCGCGCAGAGAUCGCCCGGCUGCAGAUAGAGCUGAUGGAGUACAAAGCGGGGAAGCGUGUAGCAGGUGAGGAUGGAUCAGAAGGCUACAGCGACAUGUGUCAGGAGAACGCCAUGCUGCAGAGAGAGAGCGACACGCUGCGCCUCAGGGUAAAGGCCAUGCAGGAGACCAUCGACCAUCUCAACACCCGUGUAACACAUCUGCUGGCCAAUGAGGUCAGCACUCUGCUGACCAAGUCAAGUGAGGGCAAUGAGGAGAUCGGGGCUCUCAUCCAGAAAUACAUCCGAGAGGUUGAAGAACUUAGAACCAAGCUUCUUGAGAGCGAGGCCAUGAACGAGUCGUUACGACGGCAUGCAACCCGACUUGCCACACGCUCCCCGUUCCCUUCCUCCUCUCACAGCCCCGCCCCCGGUCACCUGCCUGGCUCCUCCCCUGCUCCCUUGUCCAUGGAGGCCGAGUUAACAGACGUGUUAAGACGGGCCAAAAUGGACAUUGAGAGGUUGAAGAAGAAAGAGAGGAAGCAGAGGAGAAUGAGUCCCGAGUUGGAGAAAGGUAUGAAGAAACGCGUCAAACUGCACACUCACGAGAAUGGAGAGAACGGGCAGAGCGGUCAUAACGGACAAAACGGACAAAAUGGAGAGAUCGAUUCUGAUGACAAUUACGUCGAGGAUGUCAUGUCUCCACUGCAGGAGGAGAGUGGGUGUGAAGAUGAGGGGGAGGAUGAAGAGGAAGGCAGGGAGGAGGAGAACGGGUUUGACAGUGACGAGAGCCUGGUGGAUUCAGACUCAGACUCUGAAGAGAAAGCCAACUUCCAGGCGGACCUGGCGGAUCUGACCUGCGAGAUCGAGAUCAAACAGAAGCUGAUAGACGAGCUGGAGAACAGCCAGCGGAGGCUGCUGAUGCUGAAGCUGCAGUACGAGGAGAAGCUCAUCCUCCUCCAGAACAAGAUCCGAGACACUCAGCAGGAGAGGGACCGCGUACUGCAGAAUCUCAUGUCCAUGGAGAACUUCACAGAGGAGAAGGCCAACCGGGUCAAGCAGGACUAUGAAAAACGUCUUAAGGAGAUGAACCGAGACCUGCUGAAGCUACAGGUGGCACAGAAAGAGCAUGCUCGUCUCCUGAAAAACCAGAGCAGGUACGAACGGGAGCUGAAGAAACUCCAAACAGAGGUCAACGACAUGAAGAAAGCCAAGGUGACGCUGAUGAAGCAGAUGAAGGAGGAGCAGCAGAGGAGGAGGAUGGUGGAGGCAAAGAGAAACCGUGAGAUCGCCCAACUCAAGAAGGAGCAGCGCAGACAAGAGUACCAGAUCCGAGCGCUGGAGUCUCAGAAGCGGCAGCAGGAGCAGGUGCUGCGCAGGAAGACUCAGGAGGUGACCGCCCUGCGUCGCAUGGCCAAACCAAUGUCAGACCGUGUGGCCGGGCGUGUGGCCCGCUGGAACCAGUCUCAAAUAACGGACUCAGGAGCUGAGUUGUCGGCCAGCACUACAGCAAGCAGCUCUGAGCAUGAGACUGGGAGGUCUGUGAGCGGGAUGGUCAGACAGUGGAACAGCAAAAACAGCGUGAUUGGAUAUCUGGCUGAGAGUGAGGGCAGCAUAGACGGAACCAGAGUCAUUGGCAGCAGGAAGAAGUUGCAGCGUAAGCCAGCAGGCCUGGGCAGUGCUGCAACGGCGGGCAGAGUAAGCAGCUUCUCCAAGUCUGCCAGGCAAAAGUGGCAAACACUGGAGCGUCGCAUUAUUGACAUCGUCAUGCAGAGAAUGACCAUUUCUAACGUGGAAGCUGACAUGGAUCGGCUAAUCAAGAAGCGGGAGGAGCUGACGGUCCAGCAGGAAUCGCUCUCACAUAAGAGGGAGGUACUGAUGGCCGAUGGCGAGGGUCCAGAGGCAGAGGACCGUCUCCUUCUGGAAAUUAACGAAGACAUCGAGGUGCUGAACGCCAACAUAGACUACAUCAAUGACAGCCUGUCUGACUGCCAGGCCACCAUCGUGCAGAUAGAAGAGACAAAGGAUGAGCUGGACUCGGUGGACACCUCAGUGGUGAUCAGCUCUUGCUCUCUGGCUGAAGCGCGCAACCUGCUGGAUCACUUCCUGAAGGCUUCCAUAGAUAAAAGUUUGCAGGUGGCUCAGAAGGAGGCUCAGAUCCGGCUGCUGGAGGGUCAGCUGAGGCAAACAGAUGUUAUUGGCUCGUCUCACAAUCACAUAAUCCUCGAUGCCCUGAGAGAAAAGGCAGAAUACAUCCCUGAACUCCAGGCUCUAAUUGCCAAUGUACAGCUGGAAAAUGGUUAUGCGAGCACUGACGAGGAGCCGUCUGAAUUCAGCCAAGCGUCUGACAUCAGUGUAUCUCGAAUGAAAGAAUCCAACAGCCAAGAUGAUAUCAAAAUAAAGAUGGAGCCUCGUCUGUCAGUUCAGAUGAAGGCGGUCUCUGCGGAGUACUUGGGGCCAAUCCUGGACCCCUCAUCGAGCAGCAAGCAUCAGUUCAUUACCAAAUCUCUGGCCUCGCUGACAGACAUUCAAGAAGACGGCCUGAGCCUCGGGUCAGCAAGUCUGGGUCUCAGCCUCGCCCUAAGAGACCCCUACCACAGGGAACGGGCGACCCGCACAAACAGCCUACCUGUCAGGGGACACACCUUUCCCAGGCAGUCUCGUGGUUAUGACACUUCCCCUCUAACAAGGAGGAAAUCUUACGACCGCUCGUACAGGCCCACUGAUGGCUACACUCCCCCCUCCUCCCCUCCUCUGAGGUCCAGGAACGACCGCAAUGUCUUCUCCCGGCUCACCAGCAACCAGACCCAAGGUUCUGCUCUGGACAAGUCGGAUGACAGCGACUCCUCGCUCUCCGAGGUGCUCAGGGGUGUGAUCAAUCCCAUUGGGGGUGUUAAGGGGGGUCGGACGGCCCCCCUGCAGUGUGUUUCUGUAGCCGAGGGCCAUUCAAAGCCGGUCCUGUGUGUGGAUGCUACCGAUGAGCUGCUAUUCACUGGAUCUAAAGAUCGCACCUGUAAGAUGUGGAACCUGGUAACCGGUCAAGAGAUCGUCACCCUCAAAGGCCACCCAAACAACGUAGUGUCCAUCAAAUAUAGUCCCUCCUCCUGUUUGGUCUUCUCCGUCUCCACCUCCUACAUCAAGGUGUGGGACAUCCGAGACUCAGCCAAGUGUGUUCGCACGUUCACUUCGUCUGGGCAGGUGGUCUCAGGUGAUGCAUGUGCGGGCACCACCACCCGUACGAUAACCUUUGCACAGGGCGAGUGUCAGAUCAACCAGAUUGCCCUGAACCCGUCAGGAUCUGUACUUUACGCUGCUGCUGGGAACAUUGUUCGCAUGUGGGACCUCAACAGGAUGCAAGGGAUGGGGAAGCUGAUGGGCCACAUCGGCUCUGUCAUUUGUCUGACAGUGGGACAGUCCCUAAUGGGCAAAGAUCAAGUAAUCACUGGCUCCAAGGACCAUUAUGUUAAGGUGUUUGACGUGGCAGAGGGAACUAUGGGUAAUAUAGGUCCAGCUCAUAACUUUGAGCCUCCCCAUUAUGACGGCAUCGAGUGUUUGGCUAUACAGGGAGAUGUGCUGUUCAGUGGGUCCAGAGACAACGGCAUCAAGAAAUGGGAUCUGGGAGAACAGGAACUCACUCAGCAAAUCCCCAACGCCCAUAAGGACUGGGUCUGCGCUCUGGCUUAUGUCCCGGGUCGGCCCAUGCUGCUCAGUGCCUGUCGGGGGGGCAUGUUGAAGGUGUGGAACGUAGACAACUUCACCCCCAUAGGAGAGAUCAAAGGUCACGACAGCCCCAUUAACGCCAUAUGUACCAACUCGAGACAGAUCUUCACUGCGUCCAGUGACAGGACAGUGAAGAUCUGGUCGUCAAAGGUGUGGAGGAAGAGGUGACAGCCUAAAGUGGUUCCUUUGUCGGCCAUCUUGCUGCAACUUCAGCCACUGAUCUGUGACCUGCUCAUUGAGCUGUGAAGCUGAAAACACCAUUUCCAAGGCAAUCAAGGUUUUUUUGUUCCUUGUCAAGGUGCAAAUUGACUGAGACAGAAGAUUAAUUCAAUGGCAUAACAGUAUUUGCCUUCCAGAUUGUGAAAGUGCCAUUCAGGUGUGAUGCUACUUGGGCAAUAAAAACUCAGAAAGUUUCAUUUCUCUCUCCUGAAAAGAAAACAACCACAGCCUGUUAUUGAAAAGAGAAGAAAAAAGAGCCCUUCUGUCCUCUCACCAAGGUCUCAGAGUCCUCGAGGAACAGUGAUACAUGAAUUUGCUGAAAGAUAUGGGAUUUUGUCUGAAAGUCAUAGAACGGACCGCAUAAAAAUCGUCAAAUAACAAUUGGGACACAUUUUCCUGCUUUCCUCCAUUCAAGACUGUUAGUGUUAUAACUGUUCUGAUACUUUACUCACUGGAGAGUCAUGUUUCAGAUCUUGAAUAACUGGAAAAUCACAUAAAAACACCACUGGAUGUUAUGUUUUGAAAACCGGGCACACCCUCAAGGCGCUCUCAGUAUGUCACUGAAACGUUGCUGUGUCUUGUUCAUAUUUUUAAUGACUUUUACUAAUUUAUUAUUUUCCCUUCCUCAGCUGUUGAGGUUGGAUGGAACAUUUUUACGGGUCUCUGUACAAACACCUGGUGCUUGACAUUUUGAAGUUUUUAUUUUAUGCCUGGCUCUUCAUCCGUUUCGAUGUGUCCUCUGUGGCCUCCCUGGCUAUAAGACUGUCUAACUGCUGACCCUGCAAACAGGAAAGCACACCUCCAGUAGCACAACUAAGAUAACACUGGCCCUGGAGGAUCCCACCGGAUUGUAAUAUCUGCUAUACCAAGAGCUAACUUCGGCAAAAAUAAAAAUCCUCCCUGCAGAUGCACAUGACACAGACAACCCAUACCUACAGCACACACUCCGAAGACAUGAGGCCAAAGUGCCAGAUCAUUAUCUCGACCAUCGUACAGUAUGUGUCCCUUACCUGCCAUUAAUCCUCCACACAAAUGGUUAUAGGAACCCCAUUAGCUCCCCCCUGCCUGCUUUCUCCUCUGCUCUGAUGUUUGAGGUUAGUGACUGUAUCAGACUGACCAGCCUUACUGAAGAGUGCACCUCUUUCCCAGCUACUGAACCUCUCUGGGAACUCAAUUUAAUUAGAGGUCUAGCAACUCUACCGACUGCUUUUCAGGCAAGAUUACUUAGGGGAAAGUAGGUCAUAACCGAGAGGGAUUUCUUUUUAAAUCCCAAUUUUAUUCCACCCACACUUUGCUGCUACAUACUAUAUAAGGUAAAGGAAAACACGUCCUGUUCUGGUGCACUGAAAUAUGUUUAUGUCGCAGAUUAUGUGUGUGCACACAUAUGCACAAACUGAUGACACACAAACACAUGAGUUCAGUGGAUGUUUCGGUUAUCCAUCUUGUCUGAUGGGUCUUGGCGUCACUCACUGUGAUGAUUAAGUGUCUCUCUAAUGAAACAGAUUCAGCAAUGCAGACACCAACAUGCUCAUACAUACACAGUCUAACAGGCUCAUCUAACAGUGAUUCAAUUAUGUUUUUGUUCUGAUUACAGAAAAUUGCAUCUGCAUAACUUUCAGUUAAUGACUUAAGCCUUUUUUUGUAUACGUUCAAAAUGACAUGCAGAAUUGAAAAGCUUCUUGUCCUAUGGCUUGAUAAAUCCCAAUGUAUGUCUUUUAGUAAAAUGGCAAAGCACAGUUGAUCUUACUCCUUCUGUUGAAAAACAUAUUUUUCAUUUAGCCAAUUAGUGCACUUUUUUUUUUUUCAUAGACCCAGAAAUAUAAACUGCCCGGCCAAAAAAAAGGUCACAAGCCUGUGGGGGACAGUGCUAUGAUCUGGGGUUGGUUAUGUGCCCAAAGAAUGAGGUCAGCAGACUACCUGGAUAUACUGAAUGACCAGGUUAUUCCAUCAAUGGGUUUUUUCUUCCCUGAUGGCACGGCAUGUUCCAAGAUGACAAUGCCAGGAUCCAUCGGGCUCAAAUUGUGAAAGAGUAGUUCAGGGAGCAUGAGACAUCAUUUUCACACAUGGAUUGGCCACCACAGAGUCCAGACCUGAACCCGAUUGAGAAUCUUUGGGAUGUGCUAGAGAAGAGUUUGAGCAGUGGUCCGAAUCUCCCGUCAUCAGUUCAAGAUAAAAAAAUAAUUAAUGCAACUCUGGACAGAAAUAAAUGUUGUGACAUUGCAGAAGCUUGUGGAAACGAUGCCACAGCGAAUGCGUGCCGUAAUCAAAGCUAAAAGCGGUCCAACGAAUAUUAGAGUGUGACCUUUUUUUGGGCCGGGCAGUGUAUGUUAUCUAAUUAAAAAAAGCUUCAACAUCAGUUUGAAGCUGCUUUCCUUUUCCUAAAAGCAAUGACUUGGGUUUUGUUUUAAUAUUGUGGUAAGGGCGGGGUUAGUGAAGUGAAUGGAAAUGUUUGGAUGGGGGUGAUUUGGUGAAUCCUUCCUGGAAUUAUUGUUUUGCCAUGUUUAGAAACUCAGGUAAAGGUUGAAGGAUAAUUUUGGCCAUAUUUUAGUCAGUACUUGACCCUGUGAAUUAAGGUAGCUUUCUGAAUUGACCAAAUGCCUUGUUUGAGAGAUUUAGUUUUUUUUUAAUGGUACUAUCAUGUAUAACCCCCUUUUUGUUACGAGAGUAACUUCAAUAUUUAGCUUUUACAUUUAAUUCCCUUUACUUGUUAUAUAUGUACGCUGCUUUUUUCGUACAGAAUGUACGCAAAUUAAACAACAUCUUCCAAAUCUGGCCAAAGCUGAACGACUUGCAACUCUGAGAGGAUGUGCACUGAAUUUUUUCACUUUAAGUACUUGUGUAAAGUAUUUCAAGAAUAACUGUAUAAUGGUUAAACUGGAGAGGAGAGAUACAAAGAGUUGUUUGUAGGGAAAUUAACCUCGACAUAAUGGGUUAUAUUCUUUGACCUCUUGUCCGACUCCACUGGGCCCCUCGCUGUACAUUAUGUAUUUAUCUGUGCUCAUUAGCCAAACUGACCUUGCUCACAGAGCUCUGUGGUGUUUUUUUAAUGCGAUAACAAUUCUCAGACAGCCUUUAUCUCUUUGUUUUUUCUGGACCGAAGUUUUCGUAGUACUGUAGAUUUAGGUACUGUCCUCAUCCUUUGCUUGUACAUUUACUUAAAAAAAUGCAUGAUGUUGGUGCUGCUCAUUUGUGGAUUGGUCACCUUUAAAACAUUAAUUUCCUGUGCUGUUGUCAAUCUUGAUGUUCACCUGAUUGGAUUUUAUAUCAAAAUCUUUGAAGAAUUGGCCAUUUGUUUGGAUUCUGAAGUGUGCUUCACAAAAAAAUACGAGAUGGUCUUUGAUCAGCCCCACCCAAAGUUACCCUGACGUCUGAGUCUUGUAUUCUGCAGAUGUCAGCACCACUUCAUUACUUGAUGAUGUGUAAAUAGGUGUGUCAUACCUUUUUUUUUAUAUUGCAGAGGAGAUUUAGUGGAGGUUAACUGACGUCUUCCUCAUCAGCUGACCUCAGAGUAAUCUCUGCAAGUUAGGAUUUACAUGCACUUUGGAUAAUGAACACUGCUGUGAAUACUCUGUUAACUGUUUUCCAGACAUGUAUUAAACCUUUUAGACUUAGUUUACAAAGAUGAGGUUUAUGUGGUCAAAACAAGGCUUAAAGCACUGUAAUUGUGCAGAAAAGAUCACAUCUUUUUAGCUAGGUUUAGAAACCAAAUAUAUAAAUGUUUGUGCUCAUACAGUAUGUAAGAUGACCGUCAAGAAGUAGAAAGGCAGUCCUCAUUAUGUCCCUGCCUUUAGCGUCCCUUUUUAUAGCAUACCUGAGAAUGAGAAUUUUUCUCUUUGACAGAGCAGCAUGCACCACUUUUGUAGAAGCUCAGGAGAACCCCAUUGCCCUCCUUAUUUCCCUGGCUGUUUGCUGUAAUUUGGACAUUUUUCUUAAUAAUACUGACCACAAACAGGCCAUGUUACUCUAUGAAAGAUAUAAUCAUAGACACCGGGUGACAACAUCUAACCAUAAUCUAUUUCUAUUGCAAAAAUAGACUGAGGAAAAAUCUAGCUGAUGAAAUGUCCUUUUAGAAAAGGAUAUUAUCACACAAAUGUACCAUUGAGCAUGUGGUAUUGUUUGAUCAAUACCUCUCAACGACUUUAAAUUGGUACACCAGCUGGUGACAGUGUUUUGAGCAAAAGAAAAUUCAUUGUGGUUUACUGGAUCCCCUAUUAUCAUCUAGCUCAAAUUAAAUAGCUUUAAAGCCACUAUAAUUCAAUGUUUCUGUGAACCCAAUUGGACCAUUUGCUAAGCCCUGCCCCCGAUUUACUGUUUUAACGACUGAUUAACCCAACCAAAGAAAAUCAUUUUGAAAAAGAAUGAUGAGUUUGCCAAUCGUAUUCUUUCGACUUCAGGUUUGGCACUUAUUGUUUUUAAAAGAACCCCUUUGAAAGUAUUUUAUACAAAUUAUGACCAUAUUAGAGUCCUAUUAACAAUGUUUCAGUAUGGUGAAAUCAAAAGGUCCACUGUGCAUAGACACGGUUGCUUAGCUAUGAUUGGAUAAUAGCUUCUCACAGGCACGGAUUAGCAAAGGGUCAGUUGGCUUAAAGCAAAACAAAGACAAAUUUAACAGGAAAACUAACAGAAAUCAAUGUGGCUGUAGGCAGACUGGCUUGUAUGAGACCUGGGACCACAGGACAGAUAGAGGAAAGCUGCCAUUAAACUGAUUGUGGGAUUACCACCUGUAGCAUUUUCAGCCCAGCCCUACCUUCUUAUGACCUCGAGGAAAUGACAUCAAAGUAGUCAACUCAACUUCAGCCUUGUGCCUCAGCAAACAGGCCUUACUGCCUUAAAGAAACAGAAUGUGUAUGUAGGACAUUGAUAAUCAUUCAUUUAAUAUCCUGAAUCUGUAAUAGACUUAUUCUGAAGAUUGUAGAUUGUCCUACAGAUUGUGGACCUCUGUUCUUAGUCAGAUAACAACACAGCUCACUUUAUCAGUAUGGCUGAAGAGACUUUCAACUUUGCCUUGAGCUGCAAAGGGGAUGGAAUCGCAUUUCAACACAAUCAAGAGGGCACUUUGCUGCUUGGCGGCAAAUCGCUAUCACGCAUCAACACGCAGCUGCUCAAGUCAUUGUCCCCAGGCGUGUGUUGUCAUAUCGAGCUCACAUAUGGUAACACAUAUGUGGCCGUGUUUGUAAAACAUCUACUCAUGGGACAUAAAUGCAGGGUCAAAGGUCAUUUGUGCCUUUUAUUGCACAGAUAACUCCCUCUUAAAUGAGUGUAAAUGUGUGUACAGUUUUUUUUUUUUAUGACUAUGUGCAUGUGACCAAGCCAUGUAAAAUAAUAACUGUAAAUAAUGUAAGUAAAUAUUUAAUGAAGGAUCCAACAUUCCCUCAAGAAAAUAAAUAAGUUAAAAACAA